AUUAUUAUGCAAUUUUGCUGUAUAUGAUCUACUGUUUAGGCACACGCAUAAGUGCAGCGAUGAGUGUAUCCUCGAACCUACCAUUAUUUACAUUGUAUCUGUUGAUUUGUAUUUCUUGUGUUUUCUGUGCUACUGACUGUCCAGUUGGCUGGGUUGUAGGGUACGAUGAAUGCUACCUGUUUCACCAAAAUCCUUUAACAUGGCAAGAUGCAAUGGUUUAUUGCCGAUCUCGUAGAGCACAUCUUGCAAAAAUAGAAACAGAACAAGAAAGAAGUCUGAUCCAGAAUAUAAUUGAACAAGAUUUGCCUGGAAUAUACUGGCUUGGUGGGAAAGAUGAUGCUAUUGAGGGGGAUUGGAGAUGGCAGCCAUCCAAUGAAGUUGUAAAUGAAACAUUUUGGAACCAUGGUGAACCUGAUCAGUUCACCGGAAAUGAAGACUGUUUGACAACAUCAGAAAUGGAACAGGGGUUAUGGAACGAUCGAGCGUGUGGGAAUUAUUACGGGUUUAUAUGUGAACAAUCUUAAACGAUUACAAUAAAACUAACUGAAAAUGA